AAUUAUUUAUCGUUGUUACAUCAAAGCAAAGAUGCAUUUUUUUUCAUAGUCCAGAUGCAGUGACGCCAUUUGUGCAUUUUUAUUUUCUCCAGUGAAAAGUUGUUUCUACCAGUUAAAAUUAGGUUUAAUAUGCCAUAAUGUUAACUUCGGCUUUCCUGCAGUUUAUAGAGGUGGAUAAUUUCAAGUCAUAUCGUGGUAAAGUUACGAUCGGGCCUCUGAAAAAGUUCUCCGCAGUCAUCGGACCUAAUGGAUCUGGAAAGUCGAACUUUAUGGAUGCUAUCAGUUUUGUUAUGGGCGAAAAAACUACCAGUUUACGUGUCCGAAAGUUGAAUGAAUUGAUCCACGGAGCGUCCAUCGGAAGGCCGGUCGCUAAUCGCGCUUCAGUUAUGGCAAAAUUCAUCCUUACGGACAAAGAAGGCGAACAAAGCCAGAAAGGUUUCCAGAGAUCUGUUAUAGGGUCGUCUUCGGAAUAUAGGAUCAAUGGGAGUGUGGUUGCGACAAACACCUAUCUGCAGGAGCUGGAACAAAUAGGUAUUAACGUGAAAGCAAAGAACUUUCUGGUAUUCCAGGGAGCCGUCGAAAGCAUUGCAAUGAAAAAUGCGAAGGAGAGAACAGCAUUGUUUGAGGAAAUUAGCGGUUCGGGUUUGCUGAAAGAAGAAUACAAUAAACUGAAACAUGAAAUGCAAAUGGCUGAAGAAGAAACUCAGUUUACUUAUCAAAAGAAGAAAGGUAUAGCGGCGGAAAGAAAAGAAGCAAAGUUAGAAAAGCAGGAAGCAGAUCGUUACGCGCGUUUGAAGCAGGAAUAUGGUGAAAAGCAGAUACAAUACCAGCUAUACCGCUUAUAUCACAAUGAAAAAGAAAUGAAACGUCUGAAUGAAGAUCUAGAAAGCAAACAGCAAGAAUUAGCUAUGGUUGAAAAGAAAAAGGAGGAAGCUGACGAAGUUCUGAAGGAGAAGAAAAAAGAAGCAGGAAAAAUUGCAAGAGACCUGGCGAAGUUUGAGCAAGACAUUCGAGAAGUGGAGAGUGAAAUGAGCAAGAAACAUCCUAUGUUUAUCAAAGCUAAAGAAAAAGUAGCUCACACAAAGAAGAAAUUGGACGGAGCCAUGAAAACGCUAGAGCAGGCCCGUAAAGCUGACGAGGCCCAUCAAGCGGAUAUCCGCAAACUGGAAGACGAACUGAAUGGCAUUGAAAGCAAAUUGAAAACGUUUGAAGAGGAAAUUGCAGGAGAAUCGAAGAAACGUGGUAGCAAUGUUCAUUUGGAACAGAAUUUAGUACAAGAGUAUGAUCGAUUGAAGCAGAAAGCGGAUGCGACGUCAGGGAAAUAUCUAAUCAAACUAGAUUCUGUAAACCGCGAACAGAAGUCAGAUCAAGAUUUGCUUGACAAUGAAGCUAACAAGAAAGCACAGAUUGAAGAGAAUUAUAAAAAGUAUGAAUCAGAAAAAAAUGAAGCAAACAAGCGUCAGGAGAAGCUUAUUGAUCAUAUAAAAUCUAGUAAACUUGCGUUGGAUGAACAGAUUCGUCUGAAGCAAGAACUAAGCCAGGAUGUGGGGUCGUCAAAGGAACGUAUUCUCGAGCUUCAAUCAGAGUUGGACAAUGUGCGGGAGCAACUCGGAGAUGCGAAAAUCGACAAACAUGAAGAUGCUCGCCGGAAGAAAAAGCAAGAGGUUGUAGAAUUGUUUAAACAAGAAGUUCCCGGUGUAUACGAUCGCAUGAUUAAUAUGUGUCAACCGACACACAAACGGUACAAUGUGGCAGUAACGAAGGUACUGGGUAAAUACAUGGAAGCUAUUAUCGUUGACACGGAAAAAACCGCUCGGCGCUGUAUUCAAAUACUAAAGGAAAAAAUGCUAGAUGUUGAAACAUUUCUGCCAUUGGAUUAUUUGCAGAAGAAACCACUAAAGGAACGACUGAGAAACAUUGAAGAUCCACGUAAUGUGAAACUCAUAUAUGACGUUCUAAAGUUCAACCCACCGCAAAUCGAACCAGCAGUGUUGUUCGCAACAAACAACGCUUUGGUAUGUGAGACGCCGGAUGAUGCUAUGAAGGUGGCAUAUGAAAUUGACCGCAGUCGUUACGAUGCACUGGCACUAGAUGGAACUUUUUAUCAGAAAUCCGGUAUCAUAUCCGGUGGAAGUCAUGAUUUAGCACGCAAAGCCAAACGUUGGGAUGAAAAGCAUAUGGCACAGCUGAAGGCGCAGAAGGAGAAAAUCACAGAGGAGUUAAAAGAGGUGAUGAAAAAAACUCGACGUCAAGGUGAACUAACGACAGUCGAAAGCCAGAUACGGGGUUUAGAAAACCGCCUUAAAUACAGUCAGAUUGAUUUGGAUGCUUCUAAAAAGAACAUAAAGGAUUACGACAAAAAGUUAGACCAGUUACAAAACGAACUGGAUCAAAUCGGUCCAAAAAUAAGCGAGAUUGAACGUCGCAUGCAGCAGCGCGAUCUAAAAAUCCAGGAAAUUAAAGAGAAUAUGAACAACGUCGAAGACGAUGUAUAUGCCGAGUUCUGUGCUCGGCUUGGUGUCGCUAAUAUUCGCCAGUUCGAAGAACGGGAACUAGUUCUACAACAAGACCGCGCUAAAAAGCGGGCAGAAUAUGAACAGCAAAUUGAUCGGAUUAAUAACAAUCUCGAAUUUGAGAGAUCCAAGGAUACGUCGAAAAACGUUCAACGGUGGGAGCGAGCUGUCCAGGAUGACGAAGAUUCGUUGGAAACGUUUAAACAAGCUGAAACGCGACAACGCCAGGAGAUCGAAAAAGAUAGAGAGCGCAUUGAAAAGUUGAAAGCUGAGAAGCUUACUAAAAAGGCCGCCGUAGAUCACAUGGAAGAGGAGACUGCCAAAGCCCGCAGGGAUGUCCAACAGCAGGCUAAAGAGCUGGCCUCCGUUCAUCAGCAGAUAUCCGGCAUCGAAUCCAAAAUCGAAACAAUGAAAAAUAAACGGCACAAUCUGCUCAUGCAAAGCAAGAUGGAUGCUAUUGAAAUUCCAAUGGCACGUGGCAACAUGGACGAUAUUGUUCAACAAAGUACGGAUAACCCAUCGGAAAGCACUUCCCUGAAUUCAAUCUAUGAACGUGAAAGUGGAAUACAAAUUGACUACAGUUCCCUGCCGAAAAACUUGACUAACCCUUCGGAGCCAGAUCAAGUAAAAAAAGUUGGCGAUAGUCUGGCAAGAGAACUUCAAUCCAAAUUAGACACAUUGGAGAAAAUUCAAACUCCGAAUCUUAAAGCGAUGCAGAAAUUGGACAGAGUAACAGAAAAAAUUCAGAGCACUAACGAGGAAUUCGAAACAGCUCGCAAGAAGGCCAAAAAAGCCAAGGCGGCCUUUGAAAAGAUUAAAAAUGAACGCUGCACGCUAUUCACAAAUUGCUGCAAUCACAUCUCUGAUGCAAUUGAUGGCAUCUAUAAACAAUUGGCUCGCAACGAGGCUGCCCAAGCAUAUCUUGGUCCGGAUAAUCCGGAAGAACCGUAUCUAGAUGGCAUCAACUAUAAUUGUGUUGCUCCCGGAAAACGCUUCCAACCGAUGAGCAAUCUCAGUGGUGGUGAAAAGACGAUAGCUGCGUUAGCCCUACUAUUUGCUAUCCACAGCUUUCAACCGGCUCCGUUUUUCGUUUUGGAUGAGAUCGAUGCCGCUUUGGACAACACAAACAUUGGCAAAGUAGCUUCCUACAUCCGAGAAAAAUGUACGAACCUGCAGACAAUUGUAAUUUCUUUAAAAGAAGAAUUUUACAGCCAUGCUGAUAUCCUAAUUGGCAUAUGCCCUGAGCCGGCCGAGUGUCUUGUUUCACAGACUUUGAUUUACGAUUUAGAACAGUUUCAAGCAGCUCCAUGAAAUUGAUCGGAAUUUGCAUUUCGCAUUUUAUGUAUUAUAUUUUAUUUGCGGUGAUCAAUAUGGCUCAAAUAAAAUAAAACUAAAUAA